AAGCCUGGCAGAGACUGGGAGGGGAACAGGAGGAGGGACUGAGGGGAUAGGGAAAACUGCACAAAGGAAUUCCUCACCCAAGCCCCCUGACCGCCAGCAAGUGAAGAAGCAAUUCUGCUCUCCCUCCCACUCACUCCCUUCCCAUCUUCCCACUGUGGCUGGGCUCAGGCCAUACAGCAGCUGCGGGCCUUCAGAGAGGACCCACACAUCCUCCUGUAGGUGGCAACAGUGCCACCUGUUUGGUGGGGCUGAGCCAAGGAUUGCAAGAGGGAGGAGGCAGACAACUCAAGAGGAGCUGGGAAGCAGCGCAGAGCAGAGAGCAGAGCUGCGCUGAGAAAAGGCUUUCACCAUGGCUGAGUCCCCUGACUGCCGCUCCAUCUGGGCCCGCUGCCUCCACUGCCUGUAUAGCUGCCACUGGAGAACUGGACCCAAAGAGAGGAAUCAUACCAGCAAGUGUGACUAUAUCUGGUUUGGCCUGCUCUGCCUCACCUUCCUCCUCUCCUUGGCCUGGCUGUACAUCGGGCUCAUCCUUCUCAAUGACCUGCACAACUUCAACGAAUUCCUUUUCCGACACUGGGGACACUGGAUGGACUGGUCUCUGGUAUUUGUGUUGAUCAUCUCUCUAUUGGUCACAUAUGCAUCCCUGCUAUUGCUCCUGGCCCUGCUCUUGCACCUCUGUGGACAGCCUCUACAUCUACAUGGUCUCCACAAGGUUCUACUGCUCCUUAUUAUGUUUCUUGUUGCCACUGGCCUUGUGGGAUUGGACAUCCGGUGGCACCAGGAGUGGCAUAGCUUACAUCUGUCACUACAGGCCACAGCCCCAUUCCUUCACAUUGGAGCAGUUGCUGGAAUCACCCUCCUGGCCUGGCCUGUGGCUGAUACCUUCUACCGUAUCCGUCCAAGAGGUCCUAAGAUUCUGCUACUAGUUCUGUAUUUUGGAGUUGCCCUAUUCAUCUACCUGGUCCCCCUGUAUGUAUCCUCACCGUGCAUCAUGAAACCUGGAAACUUACCCCCCAAGCCUGGACUGGUUGGACACCGAGGAGCUCCCAUGUUGGCCCCUGAAAACACCCUGAUGUCCCUGAGGAAGACAGCUGAAUGUGGAGCAACUGUGUUUGAGACGGAUGUGAUGGUCAGCUCGGAUGGCGUCCCCUUCCUCAUGCACGAUGAGCAGCUGAGCAGGACUACAGAUGUAGCUUCUGUGUUUCCAGCCCGAAUCACAGCUCACAGCAGUGACUUCUCCUGGGCUGAACUGCAGAGGCUGAAUGCCGGGACUUGGUUUCUAGAGAGAUACCCUUUCUGGGGUGCCAAACAUCUGUCUGGCCCUGACCAGAAAGAGGCUGGGAAUCAGACAGUACCAGCACUAGAAGAUUUAUUGAAGGAAGCAGCAGCCCUCAACCUUUCCAUCAUGUUUGACUUGCGCAGACCCCCAAGAAACCACACAUACUAUGACACCUUUGUGAACCAAACACUGGAGACUGUGCUGAAUGCAAGGGUGCCCCAAGACAUGGUCCUUUGGCUACCAGAUGAAGAUCGGGUGAAUGUCCAACAACGGGCACCCCAAAUGCGCCAGAUAUAUGGACAGCAGAGAGGCAACAGAACGGAGAAGCCCCUAUUUCUCAAUCUUCCCUAUCAAGAACUGCCACUGUUGAACAUCAAGGCACUGCACCAAGAUAAUGUGUCAGUGAACCUAUUUGUAGUGAACAAGCCCUGGCUCUUCUCCCUGCUCUGGUGUGCAGGGGUGGAUUCAGUCACCACCAACGACUGCCAGCUGCUGCAGCAGAUGCGUUACCCCAUCUGGCUUAUUCCCCCUCAAACCUACUUAAUGAUAUGGAUCAUUACCAAUUCUGUCUCCACCCUGCUGCUUUUGUGGACCUUCCUUCUCCGAAGGAGAUGUGCUAAGGAAAAUGAAAGAAAUGGUUUAGAAACUGCAGUGCUGCUGACCAGAAUCAAUAAUUUCAACAUGGAGUGAAUGCCCCAUCCUGGUCCCUACCAGCUGGAAUCUUAAGGCCUUGCCUUGGUCAAAGACAGGGGAAGAAGAAAGGCUAAAAUGGAAUAUUAUGGACUAAUUGGUUGCAGUGUGUGUGGGGAGACUUUACUAACAGGAAGUUUUGCAGUUGGCAUGCCUCAGCUGAAAUGAAAUCUACAGUUCUGGGGAGGGUGGGGGGAACUGAUAUGAAAAAUUUGGGAAGCCUGUGAAUGUGGAGAAUUACCUCCCAAAACAAAGUUAAAAUAAGGAAGU